GAACAGAGAUCGCACCACUGAACUCCAGCCGGGGCAACAGAGGGAGACUCCGUCUCAAAAAAAAAAAAAAAAAAGUGAAUUAAGUUUUACCAGGAGGAAGCGUGGUGAUUGCGUGAGGGUAAGGAAGAAAGAGGGUUAUUGGGAUUUAAAGGUUUCCAGGUAGCAGUAAGAUGGAUGGUGCCUUCACACACUUGUACUAGAGAAUAAGAGCUGGCUUUUUGUUGAUGCUUUUCUUUGCGAAGGAAGGCAGUAGGCACAGCAGGUCAGAGUGUGACAUUUUCAGUCGGGUACCCGUGGCCUUAGAGAAGUCACCUAAUCCUGGGCCAAGGGAAAGCGACAGAGGCCAACAGUAACUCCGUCUACUAAAAUACCAAAAAUUAGCAGGGCGUGGCGGCGGGCGCCUGUAAUCCCAGCUACUCGGGAGGCUGAGGCAGGAGAAUUGCUUGAACCUGGGACGCGGAGGUUGCAGUGGGCCGAGAUCGCGCCAUUGCACUCCAGCCUGGGCGACGGAGCGAGACUCCGUCUCCAAAAAAAAAAAAAAAAAGCACAAAUGUUCUAAAUGGAUGGGAGGAGAAUAAACGCUGGAAUGACAAGGACGAAGGCCUUAGGUUGCGCAAACUCGGAUGUCAUUGAAGUUUUUCUGCCUCUGCGCUGCAAACGUGUCUCACAAAUGUGAACAAACUUAGAAUUCCCCGGGCGUCGCCCGUUCGCCGUCGGCCCAGAUACCGGACUCGCGCGCGUUAGCCCGCAAGACAGGACUCGGCCGCGGCCCGCGCAGCGGCUGAAGCUCCGGGGCAGUAACGGCGAACGUCAAGCAAGUCCGGCCGCCGGUUACUCAGAGCCCAAAAAUCACGGCCGCCCCGCCGCAUUCUCAGCGGCAACAUGUCUGCGAGGGAGGCCCUAGGGCUGCCGGGAGAGCCGCGGCGACGUCAGUUCCUCCUUUCGGGGCUCUGAUUGGUCAGAGCGCCCGGCGCUUCUGGUUGGCCGGCCCUGCUAUCAUCCCAGAGUGCAGUGCGGGGCCGCUUCCUUUCCGCUCGGCUGUUUCCCUGCGCAGGAGCUGCAGGGCCGUAGGCAGCCAUGGCGCCCAGCCGGAAUGGCAUGGUCUUGAAGCCCCACUUCCACAAGGACUGGCAGCGGCGCGUGGCCACGUGGUUCAACCAGCCGGCCCGGAAGAUCCGCAGACGUAAGGCCCGGCAAGCCAAGGCGCGCCGCAUCGCCCCGCGCCCCGCGUCGGGGCCCAUCCGGCCCAUCGUGCGCUGCCCCACGGUUCGGUACCACACGAAGGUGCGCGCCGGCCGCGGCUUCAGCCUGGAGGAGCUCAGGGUGGCCGGCAUUCACAAGAAGGUGGCCCGGACCAUCGGCAUUUCUGUGGAUCCGAGGAGGCGGAACAAGUCCACGGAGUCCCUGCAGGCCAACGUGCAGCGGCUGAAGGAGUACCGCUCCAAACUCAUCCUCUUCCCCAGGAAGCCCUCGGCCCCCAAGAAGGGAGACAGUUCUGCUGAAGAACUGAAACUGGCCACCCAGCUGACCGGACCGGUCAUGCCCAUCCGGAACGUCUAUAAGAAGGAGAAAGCUCGAGUCAUCACUGAGGAAGAGAAGAAUUUCAAAGCCUUCGCUAGUCUCCGUAUGGCCCGUGCCAACGCCCGGCUCUUCGGCAUACGGGCAAAAAGAGCCAAGGAAGCCGCAGAACAGGAUGUUGAAAAGAAAAAAUAAAGCCCUCCUGGGGACUUGGAAUCAGUCGUCAGUCA